AUGAUGUUUCAACGAGCUAGCGGCGUCGAUGCUCCUGAGCGGUGUCACUACGGUGUGUACCGUCAGAAAGACUCAAUAAAACAUGUCGACAAAGGAAUACCUCACAGUCCCAUCGACCGUGCAUGGUGCCACCCGACUACUUGUGCAAAAGCUUUCAAAACAGCCAGCAUCUUUGUCGAGUAUCACCAUGGCGGUCACGGACACGCUCAAAGCGCGAACCUUUCUCGGGUGUACAACGAUUCGAACGGGCUUGUUCGUCAUUGCCUUCCUCCAACUCUUGACGGGCACUGCAUUAUUUCUAAGCUACCAGUACCUGCGCCCAAGUCUACAUGGUGUGGCAUGGUCACAGCUGGUCCUAUUCAGCGUCAGCGCGGUUCUAGGACCGCCAGCUUCCUCCAGCUGAAGAAAGGAACUCAUCCCCAGUCCUUUCCUGUUCCUCUCCGUGGCCAAAGCUCCACUCAUGUGACAGUCCUCAACGCCUUGCGGGCUGAGCCAGUGCGAGCGGCGCAGGAUGUUCAGAAGGCGCUAGAGACACUUCCUUUCGUUCCGCACAUUGGCGAGACUGAAGGCGAAUCUGAAGAAAUCAGUGUUGAUGAGUUGCCGCCAGAGGCAAAGACUCUGACUCAGGAAAGCCAGGCCACUGUUAUUGCGAUAACCAAGAUGCAGAAACGACCUGUCAAGUUGGCGUUCGCUGGCGUAUUUGGUGCACUGCUCUUGGCUCAUCUCUACUUCGGCUGGAUCAUUCUGACAUUCUUAUUGAACAAGUGCAUGAGCCUGGACGAGCUUACAGGGCAGCCUGAGCAGUACGCUGAUUCCAACGCCGUAGCCUAG